AAAGCCAACCAGGCAGUCUGAUCAGAGGAUCUGCAGUGAGCAGUUGAGUUUAUAACGUCCCGUGUAAUUGUCGGUAACGGCGUUGUAACGAUAGAAAUAGUAAUCACUUAGAUUACCCGUUACCGGAAAAAUAAAUCCGUUAAUUUAUUGCUGUUAUUCCAUCACUGGGUUCUACAGAGUCUCUGAACCAGAACCAUGGACCAGACUGUCCUCCUCCUCCUCACCGUCUCCGGGAUCACGGCAUCGAUGAGUGAAAUCGUGGUGGUGGAAGAAGGAAGUGAUGCUACGUUACCCUGUUCCCUUGGCAACAAUGACAGCAUCAAGCAGAAGGUGUUUGACUGGAAGAAAGACGGGCAGGAAGGCAGGCAGGAGGUGUUCAUUUAUGCUCGCGGUGAUUACUACGGUAAAGGCAUGGAUGGCCAAGAUCAGCAGUUCAGAGGCCGAGUGUUUCACUUUGCAGAGGAGCUGAAGAACGGAAACGCCUCCAUCACCAUCAGAGACACCAUCGUGGCCGACAGCGGAAACUACACCUGCAUCUUCCCUGACUUUGACCCCCACAGGAAGUACUACGUUUGGCUGACUGUCCACUACAUCCUGAAAGACAGAUCAGCUGAAAACAUACCCGGUAAGUCCUGAUCCUGAUGGUGCCACUGAUGUCUACGUUUGCAGUGUGUCCCUGGGUCUGAGUAUCAACACCUUCUAUCUCUAGGUCUGGGUAUCCACACCUUUAUCUCUAGGUCUGGGUAUCAACACUUUUUAUCUCUAGGUCUGGGUAUCAACACUUUUUAUCUCUAGGUCUGGGUAUCGACGCCUUCUAUCUCUAGGUCUGGGUAUCAACGCCUUCUAUCUCUAGGUCUGGGUAUCAACACCUUCUAUCUCUAGGUCUGAGUAUCAACACUUUUUAUCUCUAGGUCUGGGUAUCAACGCCUUUAUCUCUAGGUCUGGGUAUCAACACCUUUAUCUCUAGGUCUGGGUAUCGACGCCUUCCAUCUCUAGGUCUGGGUAUCAACACCUUCUAUCUCUAGGUCUGGGUAUCAACACCUUCUAUCUCUAGGUCUGGGUAUCAACACUUUUUAUCUCUAGGUCUGGGUAUCAACGCCUUUAUCUCUAGGUCUGGGUAUCAA